UAUGAGGGCUUUCUUUCUUCUUAUCUGUACUAGCAGGUUCCAUUGUAAGCUACUGAGAGUAAGUUGACAUACAAUUUGGCAGCCAUCCUCAAAUAAUUUUAAGUCUUUGCAAACAUACAGACUUUCAUUGUAAUAUUUCAAUAAAGAGUUUUGUGUCUCACUUCUAAACAACAACUGAUAAGAAAUCAUUCAAUAAGAUAAGUAGAUGACAAAGUAAACCAGCUGGUUUGACCUUGAACACCAAUUACAGGUGGAUACUCAUGUCCAUUGGAUAUUAGUUGAGUAACAUCUGGUAGAUAAGCUGUAGUUGGAUUGAUAUGUGAGCUGCCCUAAUUGGUUGCAAACAGGUACAGGAAAUACUACAGUAAUCAAGUGCAGGCUUUUUAUGUUCCAUCUAUAGAAUUAGGCUACUUAUUUUUCAAUAUCAGAUUCUCUCUUUGUAUCUUUUUAUUUUACUUUGAAUUACUUGUUUAAAGUGAAGUAGUAUUAGACUUUUUUCUUUUGCCCGCUCUAAUGUCCCAAAUUCAAGACAAUUUGUCAGAAGAAAAGCAUGUGGACACUUAGUACUGUCUAAAUCUUCAUUUCAAAAUUGGAAAAUGGACAUUUCAAAAACAAACACUGGUCUUGUUGAAACAUCUUCAAAUAAUCUACAAGUUGUUCCAACAGGUUUGUUUUUGAACUGGAAGAAGAGUAGUUUGUUAAUUCGCAUUGUGAAGGAGAUGCUUCAAGUAAGAUUCAAUACUGUUGCUGUACUAGGACCUCGGCAACAGAAUGACACCUGUGAGAUUUUCCUUAAAGCUAUAAACAACAGUUCAACUGCUUAUUUUAAUGGAUCCAAGGUACUCCUAGAAAAUUACUUGCAUUUGGUUGAAGAAUCACAGCCUAAUACAGUGACUAAAAAACAACCAGUGGUAGUUGUAGAUUUGAUUGAUGAUGAAGAUGAUAAAGAAUCACAUAUAGCCUUGGAUCAGACUGUAGUCGAUGAUGAUGUACAGGUGGCAGGUUCAGAGCAGAAUUUAGAUGAAUCUAUUGUAAUUAUAGAUUUGGAAAAUUCAAAAUCAGUUGAAACUGAGAAACAGGAAAGGAAUAAUGAAUGUAAUGUUAAUAAUAUUGAUGUCACGAAAAAAGGCUCCUAUUGAAGAAAUUAUAAUUAUUGAUUCAGAAGAGAACAAUAGUCACCCAACAUUAAACCUAGCACAAAUAUCUGGUGAUAAGGUUUCUUGCCAAGAACCAGAAAUAAAUAGAACAAAGAGAAAAAGACAUUUAGACUCGAUAGUUGAAAUUUUGGAUGAUGAUGUGAUUGUAUUAGAUGAGUUUAAUUCCGGCUUAAGGACCAACACCGAAGAUAACUCUCUUGCUAGUAACAAAGAAAAUGUCAAUACUACUAGAGUUGCACUAGAUGGAGACAACAAAAAGGUACACCACGCAUCGACUACAAAAGCUAUGUGUGAAGGUAUCAACCGGCUUGAUGUAACUACAUCUACACCGAUAGAGAUUGAUGAUGAUGAGGUUCCGACAUCAUCCAGACUCUUGAUGUCGCAGUCUUAUGUCCCACCAAAGAAAGUAUCAAAGCUCACGUACAAGAGAACUGCACAUUUAGUGGAAACUCUUACAAAUGGAACAAUGGGCAACUCUGUGAAAACUGCAGCAGACUCCAAUAUCUACAAUCCCAACGCCAAUUCAGGAGAGAAGAGGACAGGAUUACGUCCGAUUGUCAUUGAUGGCAAUAAUGUGGCCAUCAGCCAUGGCGAAUUUUCGCUGAAGCGACUUCAGAUGUGUAUAAAUUAUUUUGAGAAGCGUGGCCAUCGGCAGAUUAAAGCGUUCUUGCCUCACCAUCGCAUCAACCGGGAGACGUACUCUGGCUUGAACCUAAUGGAGCGCCAGGGUACAGUUGUGUUCACACCAAGCAGAAAAGUGAAUGGAAAACGUGUGGCUUCGUAUGAUGAUAGGUUCAUAGUUCAGUACGCCACAGAAUCCGGUGGUGUGAUAGUAACCACGGACAACUACAGAGACCUGCUGCAGGAAAACCCCAACUGGAAGGAAACUAUAGAGCAACGCAUACUGAUGUUCUCCUGGGUGGAUGAUGUCUUAAUGUUCCCACAGGACCCUAUGGGACGACAUGGUCCACCAUUAGAUGAAUUUCUCAAGUUUCCAGAUUAAUUUUAUACUAUUUAAGAAUAUUGUCUUAAACAUUACUGUAAGUGCAAAAAGCACAUGUUAAAAGUGGGUUUUUUUUAUUUUUUGCAUGUAAAAAAUUGAAUAAUUGUGUAAAAAUUGUUAUAAUUAAAUGUAGUUUACAAGGGUUUUAUAAUUUAAAUAUACAAGAUGGUACACCAAGUAAAACCCCUGUUGUUGAUUUGAUUGAAAGGUGUUAAUAAUGUAAGUCAUGCAGCCUAGUCUCAUAGUGGCUUUAUAAAUAUUAAUGCAUAGUAAUUUUGUAUAUAAUAUAAGGAUAUGUAAUAUAGUACAAAAUAGGAAGUGUAAUCACAACUUUGGUUACAACAUAAUUGUAAAUAUUGUUUUUUACAUUUUAUAAUUAAUAUUUUAUAAAUAUUUGUUUGUAUCUAUAAGGCUCAAUGAGAUCUGAAUUUUUAAUAAACGUUAUUUCUUUGAAUAAA